AUGUCAGCCCAGGAGCUCGUGGCCGGCCUCUGCCGGAAGGGGGACCAGCACCUGGCCCUGGGGGACCCCCUCCUGGCCACGGCCUUCUACCUGGCUGCCUUCAGCUGCCACGCCCCCUCAGCCGUGCAGAGGCUACAAGGGGCACUGGCCGAGGCUCGGGGAGCACCUGUGGUGGCCACCCUGGAGGCCUGGUGCUGUGGGGACAGCCGAAUCCCCACCAUCCUCUGGGACGGCAUGGCAGUGGUCUCCCUGACGGGGGCUCUGGCCUCUGCCUUUCUCGGUGCCCUCUGCCCUGACCACCCGGCGGCUGUCCUGCACUCACUGGCCGGGCUGCUGGCUCAUGGGCGCCACAGGGAAGUGGCCCAGCGCUGCACUGCCCUGCUGGACGCUCACUCCCAGCAGGCCCUGGAGCUGCAGCUGACCCGCGCCCUGGCCCGGGUCCUGUCUGGGGAGCAGGCAGGCGCCGGCGUGGCCGACUAUCUCCAGGCCUUCGCCUCGAGCGCAGCCCGGACCGCGGCCUUCGUCCACACCCACCAGCGUCCCUACCUCCCCACGCUGCUCAGCACCCUCCGGGACCAUGUCUCAGCACAGCCGCGGGCCACGGUCAGCGACGGCCAGCAAGAGGCUGACUGCCGGGGCCUCCUGGCUGCCCUGGACCCCGAGGGCACCUGGAGUGAGGUCCUGUCACCAGAAGCGCUGCUCCACGGUGGCAGGCAUGAGGACUGCCUGGCCGCCUGCAGCAGGGCCCUGCAGUCGGACCCCGCGAGGGACAGACCCCAAGAUGAGCGCGGGGCAGCCCUGCUGGUCACGCGCGCAGCGGCGGCCUUCUUCCUGGGUGGCCGAACCCACGACGUGCUGCAGGACCUGCACCAGGCCUUCCGCGAGAGCCCGUCCGCGGCGCGGAGGCAACUCCAGGCGGUGCUCUCAGCCGCAGACCAAGAACGCAUCCGAGUCCAGGCUCAGGAGACCGCGGACGCGGGCUUCGCCCACUUCCAGGAGGCUGUCCGCAGUCGCCCCCAGCUCCGCGAGGACGCGGGACGUGAGCUGCUGGUCCCGGUCACCCACGCGCUCCGCCUCCUGCUUCGCUUGGAGCCCGCAGGGCAGCGAACUGUGCUGGGCACCCGCCUGGCGGAGUGCCUGCUGCUGGCUGGGGACGUGGCAGGAGCUCGGGCGCUGUGCGAGCGCCUCCUGAGGCCCAGGCACCCCGGAGAGCUUGCUGGGGACAGUGCGCCCCUGAGGGCGCUGCGUGGCUUCUGCGCGCUGCACGUGGGCGACACCCACGGCGCCAAGGAGGACUUCCAGGCGGUGGUGGAGCAGGGGGCGCCGCAUCCCGGCGGCUGUGUUCGGGCGCUGUGCGGCCGUGGGCUGCUGCGGGUGCUGGCCGGCAGCGCCUUCCUGGGCGCGCUGGAUUAUGUCACUGCGUGCCGGCUGCAGCCCGAGGAGGCGCUGAUGGCCGCCAAGGCCUACGUGCCCUGGAACCAGCGCGGACUGCUGCUGACCGUGCUGCGGGAGGAAGGCCGCAGGAUGCUGCUGCGCGGGUGUGGCCCCGGCCCUGCGGACGUGCCCUCCUGCAGGAGCAGAGCUGCUGAGAUGGACGGCCCUGUGGCACAGGAAGGGGAUGCCCGUGGCGUGUACCAGCUGGCCACGAUGCUGAUGGAGCUGGACGUGGAGGACGAGAACUCACAACUCCUGGCAGCCGAUGCCCUUUACCGCCUGGGCCGCCUGGACGAUGCCCACAAAUCUCUGCUGGUGGCCCUCUCCCGGAGACCCCAGGCAACCCCCGUGCUGGCACGGCUGGCCCUGCUACAGCUGCGUAGGGGCUUCUCUUACGAUGCCAACCAGCUGGUGAAGAAGGUGGUCCACUCUGGGGACACAGCCUGCCUGCAGCCCACCCUGGACGUCUUUCGUCACGAGGACCGGCUGCUGCUGCAAAGCCACUGCCACACACGGGCCCUGAGCAUCCUGCGAGCGAAGCCGAGCGGGGUGGACAGGGAGGCCCACACCAGGGAGGCCAUCGCCUACCUCUCUCUGGCCAUCUUCGCUGCGGGGACGGAGGCCAGUGAGUCCCUACUCGUCCGAGCCCGCUGCUAUGGGCUCCUCGGCCAGAAGAAGACCGCUGUGUUUGACUUCAACUCCGUGCUGCGGGCCAGGCCGGGGAAUGUGCAGGCUCUGUGUGGACGGGCCCUCGUGUACCUGGCCCUGGACCAGCUGCAGGACGCCAUCGAUGACGUUAUCUCUGCCCUGCGACUCGACCCAGGGACCGUGGUCCCCGAGAUCCGCUCUCUGAGGCCGGAAGCUCGGGUGCCACUUACCCAGGGCCUCCACUCCCGCUGCCGGGCCCUCCUGAGCCAGACUCUGGACAUGGGGGUCUCCCUUGGGGACGAGGACACCCAGGGCCUCCUGGCAGUGGGACAGGCGCUGACCAGAAUCGAUGCCACUCAGCCCAGCUGGCACCUCCUCCUCGUGGACACACUCCUGGUGCUGGGCAGCUAUGAGGAGGCCAGUGCUCCCCUGCAGGAAGCCCUGUGCUCCACACGCCCACCGGAGGCGGCCCGGGCCCGGAGAGGCCUGCUCCAGCUCAAGAAGGGAGCUGUCCCCGCUGCCGUCCAGGACCUGCAGUGUCUGGCCGAGGCGGACGCCCAGGACCUGCGUUUCCUACUGCAGCUCCUGGCGGCCUCGGAGCGGCACAGCGUGGCCCAGGCAGCAGCCCAGGAAGCCAGCACCCUCCUGGACACAGGGCACCCCAGGCGGGCGCUGGGCUACUGCUCGUUGGCUGUCCUGGCUGGUGGUGGCAGGACCUGCCACCUGCGUCUACGGGCUGCCUGCCUGGCUGAGCUGCGGGAAGUUGACCGGGCACUCCAGGACCUGGACCACGUGAUCCGGGAGGGAGCCGGGGACGGGGACCUGGCAAGGCGAGCCGAGGACUUCAGCUCCCGGGGCCGCCUGCUGCUGAGCCUGGGCGACGAGGAGGGGGCCACGGGGGCUUUCGCCCAGGCCCUCGAGCUGUCACCGGCCCUGGCGCAGCCGGGCCAGGCCCCCAGGGCCAGCACGUUCCUGCGUCUGGGCCAGUGCUGCCUGGAGGAGCAGCGCUACGGGGAGGCCCUGACGGGCCCCCAGAGUGGCCUCUUGGUGACCCCCCACCACGGCGGCCUGAGGAGGCUGAAGGCUCGAACCCAGAGGGAGACAGCCUCCGGCUGCCGGCUGCUCUGA